AUGUAUUCUCCGGACCGUAACCAGAUAGAUUUCUUCCAACCCCCCACCUCACUUGACAGCCCACUGACAGUGCUGGAUUUAUGCACCAAUUUAUCACCUCCCGCCUGCAGUGGGCAGCUACCUACCCCCUACCCCCAAAUCAUCGGUGAACGAAACUGCGGCAGCUACAACCACUGUACGACGAGUUCGAGGUUAUUACAGCUGAUGCUGCUGAUGAUACAAAGUAGUCACCAAUCCGAUACAGAGGAACAUCAUGGUGCGGAAAUUUACACUAACUUCACUCUGAGUGAGACACCGAUACGAAACCGAACUUCCAUGCCACCCGAGGGAAGCACGAAGGCUGGCAUACCGCCAGGUUGCCCAAGCCUAGACAGGGGAGGUCGAGAGGCAGAUGUCGGAUUGGAACCACGGACCUUCCAGUCAAUAAAUUCGCGCUCUAACCACUGA